GUUACUCUUAUCAUAAAAGUAAAUAUACUGUAUUCCUGUAGUCAAUUAGUUAAAAGAAUGCGAUAACUAUUUAGGUUAAAGAGAUAUUUUUAAGAUAAAAAUGUCCGAAGAUUGUUCGACGUUACAAGAGGAAGAAAGAGAAGCUUUAUUAUCUAUUUACGAUGGCGAUGAAUCUUUUAAAGAAGUGUCACCCACAGUCUAUCAAUAUAAGUAUGGUGAAGAUGGUGAUAACAAAUCAUUUUUGUUGGAGGUGGAGUGGCAUUGUAAUUAUCCGACAGAAGCACCAAAAAUAAAUUUAGAUACUUUUUAUAAUAGACAUAUAGUGAAUUCUGUUAAACAAAAUAUAAAAGAUAGAAUUGUAAUAGAAGCAAAUCAUUAUUUAGGGGAGUCUAUGACUUUUACAUUAUUUGAGUUUCUUAAAGAUUUAGCAGAAGAACUGACAGCAGAUCAACCAACUAAAGAAGUAAUUGAAAGCAUGACAAAACUUACAAUUGAAAAUGACGAAGAACUAAUAAAGAAAAAUGCUGUAAAAAAAGAUUAUAUGAGUAAAUCUCAAAAAAGAAAACAAUGGGAUCGCUUGGAUGCCAAAGGAGAAAAACCUCGUGGUUACGAUUGGGUUGAUGUUGUUAAACAUUUAUCACAAACUGGAUCAUCUAAAGUUGAAAUUUUGACUUAAAUUAAGCAAUUCUGUGAUUUUUUUUUAGAAAUAUAUAAUAUUAAAUUAUUAUUAAA